AUGUUUCUGAAGAAUAUGUUUAAGAGACAGAGUCGUUUUGAAAAGCAUCUAUUUGAUAGUACUAUCUUUGAUAAUUCUGAAACAGUUGAUUUAGAAGAUAUUAAGAAAAUGCUCUAAGGUUAGUAUCAUUGAUUCAAAUAAGGUUAUCCAUCCAAAGAAGAAGAGGAUCAAUUAGUCUAAAGCAUGACAAUUGUUCAAAUCUUUAAAGAAUUCUUAAGACUAAUACCAUAAUAAUUAGAAACUCAUAAAAAAUUGAAAGUACUAUUAACAAUUCAUGUCUUAAUGGGUGAUAUCAAACAUGGAAGAUUAUUUGUUUAAUAAUUUCUUGGAUGGAUGGGAUGGUAACAUAAUGAAAAUAAAGAUCCUUUUACUAAGUUUUCUUCUGUUUAAACUAUGAUAAUACAAAAAUUAGCUUUGAUUAGUGAAAUUAUAUAAAGGAGUAAAUUAAAAAGCAAUGUUAAUGUUUUAUGUAAAUCUAUAUAAAUUAUUUACUUUAGUUAAAGAUAUCGAAUCAAAUAUAAUGCAAUUUUAUAAAAUGAUUAAUGCUCUCAAUCUUAUUUUAGGAUAACAUGAAGUAAAAAAAUAUUUUUGAAAUAAGUUUUAUGCAUAGAUUUUUUCUACUCACAGUAGAAUCAUAGUUAUGGAAAUUUAUUUAUUAUUAUGGAAUGAUGUUAUUGCAUUCUAUUUGAUGUUAGAAAGGUAAUUUUAUAAAAUAUUCUAGUUCAUAGGUUUGUACGAUAAUUCUUGGAUUGUUAUCAACAAAUGGACUAAUAAUAAUCAAUCCAAGUUUAUGAAUUAUUUAAUGAAUACAUUAAACUUACACCUUAAGUCAAAAGAUUUGCAUAAUUAUGUGUAUUCUUUUAAAAUUGUAAUGUUAAUGAACCUAAAUGGUAUUAACCAACUAAAAAAGAAAUAGAAGAACUUUAAAUUUAUUUUUAGAAUGUUAAAAUUUAUCUAACUAGUAGAUCUAAAAGAUUAAAAAAUGAAAAAUCAAGUCCCUAACCAAAUCGAAGUUGUUAAACAACUGGUAGAGAUUUAAAAAAAUCAUAAUCCUAAUCCUAAAUUAUUCAAAAAGCUGAUAGAAAAUAAUAACAAGACAAUUAUUUAUCUAAUACUACUAUGGGAUAUGCAAAAAGAAUAUUUUAAGGAAAUAAUGCAUCUUAAGCACUAUAAUAUACAUUUGAGAGUGAUUCUUAAACAGUAGAUGUUGUUAAAUAAUGA